CGUUGAUCGGCGGGACGGAAGUUGUUAUUGUGAUGAGAUUACACCUUUCAGCUGCUGAUGCGCUUUUCAAAACAAUUUAUUGGAGUCGACAGCGAAGCUGAACAUUUGAUGGAAGUACUCAUUAUGCAUUCAGACGGGUCUUAGGCUUUUUAAAACAGACUGUCGUCUCUCUUAGAACAAAGGCUCAUUGAAUCUUAGCGGCAACGGCUAACAUCUGAACACGUUACAUGAAAAUCUCAGGCUAACUGAAACGAAUUAAUGCGGUCACCAUGCCGUCUUACGAAGAAUGGAGAAAAACAAUUCACUUCUAUUAUUUUUUAAAAUUCUCUCUAAAUGUCUAUUCAAUGCUUUUCUCGUUGCUUGGUCUGUGCGUGCUUUGUAUCGGAGUGUAUGCAGAAGUGGAGAGGCAGAAGAAUCGGACCCUGGAGGGGGUGUUUUUAGCUCCUGCUGUGGUCCUCAUACUGCUGGGUCUCGUCAUGUUCAUUGUGUCUGUGAUGGGUAUGGUGGGAUCCCUCAGGGAUAACAAGACUCUGCUGCACAUGUUCCUGUGUGUGCUGUGUGUUCUGCUGGCUCUCCAGGCUCUUGCCCUCAUCAUUGCCCUGAUCUUUGAAAAGACGACAAUCAAAUUGUUUCAGAACAGUAUACGAGAAGGAAUCAAGCACUACUAUGAUGACCUGGACUUCAAAAACAUAUUGGACUAUGUGCAAGAGAAGUUGUCUUGUUGUGGAGGAGAUGAGUACAAGGAUUGGGAAGUAAACCAGUACCACUUCUGCAAUGGCACGAGUCCUUUGGCCUGCGGUGUUCCCUACACCUGCUGCAUCCGACAAAGUGUCGGAGAAGUUGUGAACACACUCUGCGGCUACAAAACUCUCAAACAGCAGCGUGAAACUUUAGAUGGCAUAAUUCAUGUGCGUGGCUGUAUCCAUGCUGUGAACCUGUGGAUGGGGGACAACAUUGGAGCUACUAUUGGAAUCUGCUGUGCGGUUGGACUACCACAGCUCCUUGGUAUUCUCCUGAGCUGUAUCUUCUGGAAUCUUUUGGUGGAGAUGAGUGAAUCUGAAGACAUGGUGGACUUUAAGAUCCUGAAACGUGCCGGUUUCAAGUACAGAGAACUGGACCUCUCAGGUGCUGGAUGGUGUAUGUGUCUACCUCGUGACGGAGGCUACCUGCCUGUUCCUGUAGCAGAAUCUGACAGCUGGGCUCCAGACCCCAUCCGUUUUGACCUGGAACAAGAACAGCCCAAAAUAUCCUUUAAGCAUUCACAUCUGAAGAGUCAAAAAGCACAAUCAGGUAUGGGGAUGGAUGAAGUGGACAAUCGGGCUUAAGAGGCUGCAUCUUAAUUUUUUUUUUUAUUUAAUUGUGAUUAGUAUAGAAAAAGUUCACACUGUGUGUUAACAUAAAGUGAGUUAGUUGCACUAAAUGUUUUUAGGCAUGAAAAAAAGGAGAGGUUUGUAUAAAACGUUUGAUAAUAGAUGGAAUCAAGGUAGGAGAUCUCCACCUGCACAUUCCAUUGUUUUUCACCAUUUUAGUUCAUUCUGUGACUUAUGGGAUCAAGCAAGUUUGUUUUAUUAGUCAUUUUCUUAUAUAUUUUAUAAUAGUUCAUAAGGUACAUGGAGAGGACUCUUACUGUUGGCAAUCAAAUUUUUUUAAAAUGUUUUUAAUUUAGGAGUAUAUUACAGUGACUUCAGGGAAAUGGCUAGCUUUUGAAUUUGUCAAAGAUUAUCAAUGUUUUGACUGGCAGAUGAAGCUGGACGUUCAUCUCUAGUAGAUGCAUUGUUUCUAAAAACUUUUAUAUGCACAUUUUAAUUGUUUUUACAUUACAAUAUUAUCAUGAGCCCAAAUUUCCAAGAAGAAAUGAACAUUUGGUAUUAUUAUGGAUCUGCUUUCUCUUUUAAAAAGCAUGAGGUUUGUGUAAUGCUGACAUUAUUUCUUAAUGAUAAUAAGUACCAAUGAAAUGAUUAUUUAUUAAAGUGUUGCCUUAAGUACAACAGAAGCUUUUACCCUGAGUACCUCAGGCUAUUCUACAAUAGCCACAUUACCUUGCAGGUAGAAUUUUUUUUAAAUAAGGGAGACCUGGUCUUGACCACUACUUGAAGUUUCAUUUGUCUUUUAAGUUAUGUUCAUAAUGAACUUUUAGCUGUUGAAAACCUCUGUUUUAAAUGUGUAGUUCAAGUUUGAUCUUUAUUACUGUUCGGGAAGAUAAAAAAAAAAAAAAGAAAAAAAACUUUUAGCAUUAAUGUUGUCAUAAUUAACAAAUGUCUGCCAUUAAUUUAUAAAAACCGCCUUUUAGUUGCCAGUAGUCAUUUUGAAAUACCUCACAAUCACACCUCUUUGCUAAUCGGCCUUUUCAGGAUGUUGCUAAAGAUGGACUGCUGUGCUCCAGCUAAUGUAGCUCUGGUUUUGUAGUAACAUUAAUGUGACUUUCAAUAAAAUUUGCUUGAAUUAAUCUUUUAA